UCAGAAACAAAAAACGUUCUUCCGCGAGCCGCUAGAUGAAGUACACGCGAGCGCAAAUCAUGCGGUCGCGCAGAAGAGCAGGACUAGGAUCCACCAUGUGCGUGAAAAAUAACCUAUGAAGUAAACAGGACAGCUGCAGGAGCUGCGCCUACUCGAACGUCGUGCUCAGAAACGGGUCCUCCUGCCGGCGAAGAUGGUGAAGCACAGCUCGUCAAGUUCCUCCGCACCCCGGCGGAAGAACUUGAUCCGGCUCCUGUAUGGAAGCGUCAGGUUUGAAAUCGACAAAGUUGAAAUAUAUUUGUCAUGCAUGAAACCGAUACCAGUCGGAACCGGAAGCCCACUUAUCAAGCGGCGCAUGACAAAUUUUUCGAGCACCGGAAUCCAAUUUGUCAUGCUGUUUGGGCACAAAAGAGUGCUUUUGUCAUGCUAGUUUAGCAGGUCUAUUUCAAACCCUAAACAGGCUGACAGUCGGCCUCACUUGCCAUCCCGGCACGACAGGCAUUUCAUGCCUUACAUUUUAUGCAUGAAAACUCAUUUCAACUUUGUCGAUUUCAAACCUGACGCUUCCAUAUCCUCCUCGAAUUAGAGCACCGGCGAUUUCAGGACGGCCGGGAGAUUACGCACGCGGGCGGCUGGAGCAACUACGUGUUUUCGCACUCCUCUUCCUCCAACCUCACGACGACGCCAGGAUGCAAUCCGUGCGAGCUGUCCGUGAUAUUGCCGCAGUUCGACCACCGGAGCCUGAAGGUGGUGCGGAAGGCCAUGUCCGGCAAAGACGAGAAGAAUGGGUUUAAAUCAAACGGGGUCUCGGUGGCGGAAUUUUUGAAGAUUGUGGUGUUGAAAGCCGGAGCCUACGACCGGACGCGAGUGUUGGACUUCUUGGCGGGGCUAGUAAUAUGUUGAUUUGCAGUCGCCUGAUGUCGAUUUAAUACUGCAUAAUGUUUUUUUUCGCGAACACGAUUUGCAUUUGAAUUUUUUUUUUUGGCAAGAAGUCCUGUAGGUGUAGAAAAAUAAAUUUUCAUACGCGCAAAUCGUCAGGUUGCUCUUUACAACGACCUGCAACCCCGUUCGGGGCAGCAAAUCCAGUGGCGCGAGUUCUCCGAGCUGAUUGUGUCGAGCAGCAACGCGAUCGGGCCGGCUGAUCCUUCUACUGUGUUGUCCAAUAAUCUUUCGUCGAUUUGCCGUGAGCAGGAGAAGCAGAAGAAUGCGGGGGAGGGAUCGAACAACAACCCGCAGCUCCACAUGGUCGCGCACUUACCCGGCGGGCUGCUGAUGCCGCACGAACUGAAGAAGCCCCUGUCAGAGUUUGAGAAGCGGCGGGCGCGGGACCUGCGCACCGGCGAGGAGGCGAGCCCCAUGCAGGAGCACCCCAUGCGGAUUGUCAAGUACCUCCCGGAGUUGGAUUGUCUGCUCCGAAUAGAGAAGGACGCGAAGCUGUUGUCCCUGUACCACCCACGGUCCAACGUGAUCAAAAAUGUACAGCCGGAGUUCGAGAAAAAAACCAGACCAAGUGUGGGGGAAGGUUAGAAAUGAAUAGAAGUUGUGAUGUCAUAAAUCGAGUACUAUCCAGUAGAGACUGUUUUGCUUUUAGAUAAUUCCACAACUAGGCGAGCACCAUGGCAGGGCCGAAACAGAAACGAAGCACUGGCGUCUUGCAUGAUUUCAUUUUGUUCCCAAUACACGAAUACAAUACUCAGAUGACGUCAUUCUUCCGGAACUGAAGCAGAUGUUCGCUGAGGAAAAUAUCCCAAGAAAAAAGUGUUACAGUUACACAUUGUGUUGCAGACAUAGCAAGACAGACAAGCUUCGUCAUGCCGGAUAUGCAUAAAAGCCUUGUUUCAUACGUGUUUUCCCGUAGGAUUUCUGCAGUACAAGUUUUCUCUCUCGUGCACAGAAAUUUGUGUUGCUAAAUUGAGAACAAAUGUGUAAGUGUAACUGUAACACCUUUUUCGUGUGAUAGACAAGAACCCCAUCCCAGUAGCAACCAUGACCGAUAAACAGCGGAAGGAGGAGUUCUCCAAGCUCCUCGAGGAACCCUUGCAGCAGCCGGUAUGCAAGAAAAAAACUGUGUAAGUGUAAAUUUGUGUUGCAGAACAUGCAACACAGUUACGCGUGUCAUGCCAGACAGCCACGAAGUCCUCUUUUCAUGUGUGUUUUCCCUUACAACACACGCAUGACAGGUUUUCUCUGUCAUGUAGAGUAAAUUUGUGAUGCUGUUUCUCAAAGAAAGUUACACUUACACACUUUUUUUCCUGGAUAGCCGGGGAACAGCGUCUACCGCUCGGCGAGCAUUUCCGAGCUGCAAAUGUCGCCACCGCCGUUGAUGUCCGGCGAGAAAGAAAUGCAAAAAGGGCAGCAAUUGACCAUCCCACUCCACGGCAACGCCGCGAACAACGACGCAGUGGAUAAGGCGUUCGCGGACCCCCAUUUCUGCAAGCAGUUGGUGCACAAAAUGACGGACCAGAACAAAUUUCACAUUCUAGACUGCGCCUUCCACCCCUCGAAAAUUCUGCUGACGAUCCUGUGCACGAACCGACGCAUCGCGCAGUUCUCGCUACUCUACCGGGGCUCCGGGCACGCGCUGCAGCAGGAGAUCAAGCAGUUGGGCAUCAGCACGCGGAUCGCGCAAGAAGCGGAGUUUUUACUGCCCAAAGACUACGACGAAAUCUACUUUAGCAGGAACGUGUCCAAAGGGUCCAAGCACUCAAGUUUUCUGCUCUUGUCCACCGCGCAACUGGGCGUGCUCACCUUUUACCAAUUUGACGGCGAGACGCCGGAGAGCUACCCGCGGAAAAAGCACUUUCCCUGGUUCAUCAACGACACGAUCCACAAGGGACAGAAGAUCACCGCGUUUGUGGAAAUAAACUACAAAAAUUCCUUCGCUUUCCUCACCGCGAGUCGGGACGGGGCCAUCUGCAUGUGGGACGGCCGGACCAUGGCGGUGGACUUGAAACUGGAUACCGGCGUCUACGAGAAAGCGGCUUGCUUAAACUUGUCCCUCUCCGUAUCAAAAGGAAAAUCCCCCCUCCCCAUAUCGACACGAAGUUUCUGAUGCUGGAUUUCCGUACACAAAUCAGGUUUCUCUUGCUGGAGAGGACUGCAGCCCAUACCAAGCCGAACUGGAGAGGUUUUGGCUGAGGCGCUUAGCAUGAGGAACGUCUUUGCCGUAGGCCCACCAGCAUCACAGAGCGCCUGCAUAAUGCGGCGGAGCCUGUGGAGUUGCCUGCGUGCAAGACAGGCGCGAUUUGUGGCCGCAAAUCAGCAACGCAAAUUUUCAGAAACAUACCUUUUCGAUAUGGGGUGGAUGGAUUUUUCCUCUCAAUACUCCGACGAGAAGCUCGGUCUGCUGGCGAGCUGCUACAGCGGCGAGAAGACGAUUCCGGUGUGGAACUUGGAGAAAGGGAUUUUCCGCGGGCUGCGUACGAAGCUGUCGCACCACGAGUAUCCCGUGACCAAGGUAAAGUACUUCGAGAACGCGCUGUUCUCCAUCGACGAGAAAUUUUUCUGCAUCAUGUGGGACGCGCGGGAGUUCCUGGCUCUCCAGGAGUUCGGCGGCCCGAUGGUGUUUUCCGGGUCCGGGUCCGUCGACAAGCAACUGGUAUGCACCUACUACAGCAGGUUGCGGCUGUGGGUGGUGGGCGACCGAGUCACGUACUUCGCCUCGAACGGUGUGGCGGACGUAGAGCUGUUCAACGAAGUCGAUGCGGACAACGAGGGGGAGGCAAGUGGCGGCGCCCUCGUCGCGCAAGCACAGCAUCAGAGCCAAGCGGUACUAGCGGCUAGUACAACCGGAAGCUCGGGUUUCGCGCAGCGAGGGGGUAGCAGUUUGGGCGGAGUGGUGGACGCAAAUCUUCUAGACGACACAGCGAUCCCGCUCAGUCUACAGUUAAGCGCGAGGUACAAAUAUGAUCGGGUUCUUAAAAUUUCUACUCAUCAUCUAUAGGUGCUGUUUGAUGAGUGAUUUUUUGACUGACACACGCAAAAAUUUGAUGAAACAAUAAAUUUCGCUCUGUAUUUACCAUAUCAGGUCCGGCGUCCUUUUUUCCGCCACGAAGAAAACGAUUUUCCGGCACUCCCGGCACAACCCGCUGCAUCUGGACACGCUGUUUGAUCUUUCGGAUGACUUUGCGGAGCAAAACACGGUGAUCACGGCAGUGACCCUGUGCAAAGACCACCCACUGCUCAUCGUGGGGACGAACACCGGGAGGUUGCUUUUUCUCCGACCGAACAACGGCUACGUAGUGCGGAAAUACUCGGGUAUUGGCGAAAGAAAACAGCAGCUCGGCGCGUUUGAAAUCAACCCGCCGGACUGCGAGCCGGAAAAACCGCCAAAGACCUGGGAAGAGCGGAAGUACGAGCUGGAGGAAUUGUUCGACACGAAAGACCCGAACCAGUUUGUGGUCCCGGUCGAACCCGUGAAAUACGCCCGGGACUGCCGAAGGGAGCUGAAAAAGCAGAGGAGGAGAAGCUCGGUGAUGAGCGACUUCUUACCCGUGUUGUCCGAACAGGGCGGGUCGUCGGAUAAGGAGCAAGAAGGAGCCUCGCAUGAGUUACCAUUUUCAUCGUCCGACAGUACUAAGAACAUGAAGCAUCAAGCCUCUACGUCCUCUGCAACUACUGCGCCGAUCGACUUGUCGAAGAUGUUGACCAACAGCCGAUCGCGAUCCUCCAUGAGCCCGCCGCGACGGCAGCCGUUUCGGUCGCGAAGGCUGUCGGACUUUGACCGGCCGAUGCCGAAGUCCCCGCUAUCCGAGCAGUCCGGUUGGGCGAUUUCGGGCAAGAAUGGGGAGGAGUGGGCGGAAAAAAUGAAUUUGGAAGCGCGGGCGCAGUUGCAAAGAUCUUCGGGACAGCACCACAACUCCGGGUCAGUUCUUGGGUCGUCCAGUUUGUUGAAUAGCUCAAGGCUGAAUUCUAAGGAUUGCAAAAGUGUCUGGGUCUGGAAGAUUUUCAGAUUUGUCAUGCUUGUCUGGCAUGACUCGGAGCUCUGUCAUGCGUAGGUGCACUCGGAGCUCUGUCAUGCUUGUCUGUCAUGGUAGACGAGGUCCGAGACCGAAGUGGUAGGCGCUUAGGGUGAACUAUGUAUGUAGCGCCUAGGGCCCUUCCGUGCGGCCAUUUUGUAUGUCCCGCAACGGGGUUCGCCCAAGUCGGUCAUUUGUAUGCAAGGCGUUGGGUUACCCGGUCGGCAGAGCCGACCCACAACGAACGAACGUAGGCGCAACAGGAUCGCUUUGUCUGUUAUGCAAAGGCGCAGUCUGCCAUGCGGAAUACACGACACAUAGCAGUCGCAAAACUUGUCAUGCUUGGCCAUAUACGUCAGUGCGCCCAGUGUUCCCUGGCUUGCAUCACAAGUUUCCAGACCCAGACAUAUUUGCAUUUGAUAAAUUCUUCGAUGGAAGUGGAGUCGGUGAACUCCACCCCAGCGUUGCAACCGUCCUCCGGGGGACAGCAGCAGGCGGGAGCUGCAUCGAGUUCUUCUAGAAGGGGUUCCAUGUCACCGAGGAAUAAUCACGACAGUAGUAAGGCCACUUCUUCGACGACAACACAAGUUGCAACAGCGGCCUCCAACACAAGGAUCAAUCUGGCCGACGGGCUCUGUACCGGCAUCACGUCGCUGCAAAUCGCAGUGCGAAAACGGUUGGAAUCCGAAGACGCGGCGCACCUCACUUUACAGGAAACCAUCGCCGCGGAGGCAUCCGGUUUACUCGCCGGGAUAAACAAGAAGAAACCCGCCGCGAACUCCAAGGACGAGGCGUGCGGCUUUUUCGACACGAAGGAAGGGGGAGUCGGGACAAAAACCGUCGGUAAGCCGAGGCCCGGGGAUAAACUGCUCGUCGGCUCGAAGGAGGGGACUCUGUUCGUCUUCGACUUGACGAGUUUAGACUUGGACUACGCGAUUCCGUACCAGAAAAUAGUCACCAAUCCGGACGACAAGAGCAGAAGUCCGCGAGGGGACCGACGAGAAUCUGGACCCCGGCGAAGUGGUUCCAGAUCAUCGUCAAAGAGGGGAAGUAGCAAAAAUGCGGUCGUGGCCGGCGCGAGUAGAACAUCAGGAAUAAGCCAAGAAGCCGGAAGGACGAGUAUUUUGAAAAACAACAGCGAGCAAGAACGAAGAUCGUUAGUUUCCGCCGGGAGCCAGGGGACCUCGCACUCGUCCAUGUCAGGAACUACAACGGGCAACAAGACCAAGGCCGUGGACAUGCGAAAUUUGUUGAACAAACCCUACGGAACCCUGCCCGAAAUCGGGACAGAUCCGGCGAUGAUCGCACGACAACUAUUGCAAAAAUCCGGGUCUGCCACCCCGGCCUCGGGUUCCGGCUCCCCCUCGCAUUUUCACAACAGUUACGGGUCGUCGUCCACGGGCGGGUUCAACAGCGCAGGAGGCAAUAAAGGGGGUACUACAACCGGUGGGGAUGCGUCGAAGAAACCCGCGAAAAUUCUAGGACUUCACCUGUCCGAAGACAUGCUGACUUGCUACCACGAGAAUGGUAUCCAAUGCAACUAUGUCUGGGCCUGGAAGGAUGCAACUUGUCAUGCGACCUUCGGACUCUACAUAAAAUCUGGCUUGCACGAACAGUAAAAGAGAUCCAGUUUUUGCUACGCGGAAAGGGCAUGUCUCAUGCGGUAUGAGCAUUAGAAAGCCCACCUCGCAGAAUCUGUGACGCUAGGGCAUGCAACACAGACAUCAUGGCUGGUGGGAAAUAUGCAUGACAAACCUGGCACUUGUCCAGAGGACCCAGAAAUAUUUGCAAUGCAUAAAUGGGUUGAUACAACUGUUUGAAUUGCCCACUUUCCUCAAACUCGGCGAGUUCUACUCGGACGAAGCUGGAUUGUUCGUCAAAGUGUUCGAAGCCACGCAGUUCGUCCUGCAAGACGCGGAGAGACGGGUUUUCGAAGACAAAAAGUACCGGCGCGCGGAGCGGAUCGCGAAAAAAAAGUUACUCGCGGAGCAAGAGCAAGAACGGAGCUACGAGGUCAGUCUGCGGAAGGCCGCGGUGGUAAAUGUCAAGGUAGACGAGGACUCCAAGGAGAACGGAGCGGAUGCGAAGGACAAUGGCGUAGCGCAGGUAAACACGUUCAACUCCCUGUUCCAGUUCUUCUUCGUGCUGACCUGCGCCAGGAAAACGGUGUGGAGAAAAGUCGCCGUGGAAAUACCUGCGAGCUCGGCGAGGUAUGAAUGCUCUUGGUGAGGGGUUGGAAAAAUCGUGAUGCUUGAUUGAUUCUUGAUGAUGUUUCCGCGCAAUGAGGAGUUUGGAAAAUGUGACACUCAACUGCGACCUUCGCUUGUUAUUUCAAAAUCUCGUGGAAUAACUACAUCAGCCGGAGUCGCAAAUCUUCCGUCGCCCCCAGUGCGGCCGUGAGUCCGACAAACCAGAGCCCAAGAACGAAUCAAAAGCUGAACGGCACAAACACCGGAGGUGCUAACACCCACAGUAGCAAUCUCAUGGUCGUGCCGGAGCAGCUUUCGCUGAACAAGCCGAAGAAGAAAAGCCACCGGGAGGCUCUUCGGGAGUUAGGGUUCGACUCAGACUUCGAUAUUGAGGAGGAUGAGGAUUUGAACACCCUCGAAAGUCCGCAACUCUCUCCGACGAACAACUCCCUCAGCUCGAACCUCCGACCUGGGCAAGUACAGCAGAACUUCAAAUUGGAGAAGCAGGAACUGACCACCUGCCGGGUCUUUCUGGUCAAGCGGAACCGCGCGAGUCAGAAAAUCGAGGCGGUCACGCUGAAGGCGCAGUUCGAAGACGAUUGGAUGUCGAAGGUGAACGGCGCGGCGUGUCUCUAUCAAAUGUAAAAAUGUCUGGGUCUGGGAGAUUGCAAGAUUUGCCAUGCGUAUUUUGCAUGAUCCAUGAUGCCUGUAAUGCAUGGUCUAGCAUCACAGAUUUGUAGAGCGCUGGCUCAUGCCUAUUCCAUAUGACACAUUCCAUCUCCGCGGAGCACAUGGAUCUACUCCCCUUGGUGCUGAUGCAAUACAAAUUUUUUAGAAUCCAAAGACAGCAACACAAGUUGCAACCUUCCAGACCCAGACAACAUAUUUGCAAUGCAUAGUCUCAACCACAUGACCAUCUCCUCCGUUCCCCUGCCCGAGCACUGCUUGACGCCCGAAGUACUGGAGGACGCGUUUUUGCGGAAGGGCGUCAAAAUCAACGGGAAAAACAAUGGUGAAAACAGCGGAAAUAACGAUACCUCCGGCGGCCAAAGCGGUGCGGGAUCCGCGGAUGUGGUGGGUGCAGCUGGGGGAAUGACCAAUAACGGACAUAGCAACAACCAGCCCUCUUCCACCAUAUGGAAUGCAAAUAUGUCUGGGUCUGGAAAAGUGGAACUUGUCAUGCGUGUCUUGCAUUCCUGGAAAAUCUGUGUUGCGUGAGCAGCAGAAGAGCUUCCUUUGUCAUGCAAAAACGCAAUUUGUAAUGCGUUCUAGACAUCAGAAAGCGUUUCAAAAACUUGUCAUGCUUGGCUGCCAUGGCAAGCGUUGCAAUCAGCAGCAAAUCGGCAUCACAGGUUUUCAGACCCAGACAUAUUUGCAGGGGAUACGCCGAGUCUGAGGACAACGCGUUUUCCGAAAACGAGAAGGUAUUGCAAGGAAAAAUCUCCCCUCCCCAUAUUGAAGACGCAUCCUUCUGAAAAUUUGUGAUGCAGAUUUGUCGCCGCAAAUCGGGUCUGUCUUGCAAGAAGGCACUCUCAGGCUGUCCGCCACGUUAUGCAGGCGAUUUGUAAUGCCUGAAGGGCUACAGGGUAGCCGUCUACCAUACUAGGCGCCUACACCAAAAGGCUCCCGCCUAGGCUCAGGAUCUGCGCGUAUUCCUCUAAUGCAGCACAAGCUUGAUUUGUGUAUCCAAAUUCAGCAUCAGACAUUUCGUCUUGAUAUUGGGAGGGGGGAUUUUUCAUUCUGAUAGAAGGAAAGCGCGUUUCUUAACGACCCGGCUUUUGAGCCGACCAUUGACCUGAAGGAUUACCCGUCCAGCGACACCUUGUGCUAUUUGUUCGACAAGAACGGCGCGAUCCACUGCCUGGACAUGCUGAAAAGCGUGAGAAAAAAGGACGACUACGAAACGGAAUACCGGCGCGCCGACCCGGCCAGCUUCAUCGACGCGGUGCCAGACCAGCGCACCGAGCACGCGGAGUCCGUGCGCGCCGCGGUGUUGGCGAAACAGGAAAAAGAGAAGGAGGAGGAGGAGGAUGAGGACGAACAGAACCAGCAGAACCAGUACAAACGGUACUCGCCUUUUGAAUUGUCCCAGCAGUACCCGACCUCCGAGCUGUUUUCCUGGCAGGCGCACAACCACGAGAUUGUAUCCUUAGAAUCCGUGAACAACCCGCCGGCGCUGAUUUCCAUCGACGUGAUGAAAGUGUGCAAAAUUUGGUCCACGGCCGGGGAGUGCUACGCGCAGUUUCAGCAGCAGCCGCAGCAGAACAUGUCGCUCUCCUCCACGGUGCAGAGCUCCAGUGGCCAAUUUUUCAGCUCCUCUACUUCCAAUUCAGUCCCGACGACCUCGACGGAGUUUGGCGUCUCCAUCUGGCCGCCGCCACACACGCUGGCCAAAACGCUUUACUUCAUGCGGCAGGCACGGAGGUUAAAAGACGAAAUGAACAUGGACAAGGAAAAUUCGCCGUACAAGCAAAUAAUGGACAAUGUGAUGAGCACCAGCGCGAAGAAGCAAGCUUCCCGAUCGAGCAGCAAACUAGAGCGGGAACAAACCGUGAAUUCCUCUACGGUAGAAGACAUCAACAACCCCGCUAACAAACAAUCUCCAAUCCUGGUUCCAGACAAGGUAUUUCUGACCCAGCAAGACAAGCUCCCCUCCGGCUCCUCCGCGACGGCCGGAGCGCAGUCCCCGGUCGAACUAGACCGGCAAGACAGUUUGACCGCGCUGGUAGUGGGGAAAGAGGAGAGUUUGGUGGUGGAGAAGCAGCAGUCUUCUUCCAAUAUGGACGAGAAGGCAAAAACGGAAGUAGCAGGGGGCGGCGCGACGGCAUCUUCUCCGCCACCCUUGAUGUCCUCCGCUUCGCAAGACCAAUUUCAGCAAGACAAGAAUUCCGAAGAUACGAGCUCGAUUUUGGGGCACAUGUCGACCUCCUCCUUCUCCAAGCUAUUGGAGCACCGGAUUUUCAGCGGCACUGGGGUGUCCAACCGGUCGCAGGCGAAGUAUUUGAAGAUCAACGCGAAAACGAAAUCGCUGCAGGACGUGCGGUAUCAAAUGCAAAUAUGUCUGGGUCUGGAAGAGUGCAGACAUUUGUGAUGCAGUUUUUGCCUAGCUCAGAUCGUCUGGCAUGCAAGCCCUAGCAUCACAGAUUCCGAGCAGGUACCCCAAUGCCUAAUCCGCAUGAGAAAUGCCCCCUUUCUGUAAUAGGAAAUGGGGCCUUUUGCUGACCAUGCAUGACAGAUUUUGUCAUGAUGUAGAACUCGCAUCACAAAGUUGAAUCCAUCCAGACCCAGACAUAUUUGCAAUGCAUAUGCGGAUGCAACUGCAUUUGCUCAAGGACGCGAUCGACAGCACGCACCCAGCCGAGAAGCGGGCGUUUGCGCCGAUGCCCAAACCUUUGCUCACUAACGCCGAGUGCAAGUUAUCAAAUGUAAAAGUGUCUGGGUCUGGAAACUUGUGAUGCUGGGUGGCGUCUCAUGAUGAGGCUACAAAUGCUGGCUCAGCAUGGAUAAGUUUCUGAGCUCCUCGGUGUUGCCUAUUCUGCAUGACAAACUGCGCUUCUGCAUCACAGAAAAGCGGAGCUCUUGGGUAACGUGCAUGACAGAUUUAAGAGUCAUGCCAGACAAGCAUGACAAACAUGAAUUCUUCCAGACCCAGACAUUUUUACAGUUGAUACAAGUUGCUCCGGGACGAUUUUUUCACAGACUCGCCGGAAAGACGAGGCGGCGCGCAGCAGGGGGGCGGCCUGGUACCGGAGUUCGACCCGUCCGCCGCGAACCGAAGUCGACCCCCUCGGUUGCUGACCCGGGCGGACCAGCAGUUUUCGCAGCUGCAACAGGCAGCGCACAACAUUUUAAGCUCCAACGGCGGAAUACACGGCGGGAUACCACCGAAAAGAUCCAGGAGAUCCAGGUCGGUAAUGUAGGAUUGAUUUAGGCUUGAUCUGCUUAGAAGUUGUUCGUCGAGGCAGAAGUAGCUCCAAGUUUUUUUACGCUUGAUCGACCAUCUUUAUGCGAACUGAUUUGAAUAAUUUGCUGAUAAAAACGUGCUGUUCACAACCACUCUUCGUGGCUGAUGGUACUACACGACUGCAGUUUUGUUUGACACCUUUAACACCGGUUUCAAGUGGAAAAUGAACAUCGAAGAAUGAGUUUCAGAAACCUUGACUUCCAUUAAAAUGCAACUCGCUAAAAAUUUGGAUAGCGCCGCGAUUAUAAGUAUAUGCUGCUUACUUCAUCGCGCUAUCUGCUUUUUGUUUUUUCAAUUACAAUUUAAAUGCUAGCCAACGUUGAAACGUACAAGAUAUGAAUAAACGCGUAAGGUGGAAAGGGCUUGAUGUAUAAUUUCGAGCAAGUACUCUUGCGAAUGCCCUGAGCUUCUUAGAGGAAGAAUCUGUAGCGGUCUGUUGUAAGAUAGAGAUGCGACAUGUAGGCUUUAAAGUCGAUGCUUUCUCCGCACCGCAUUAAACAAUUUGAAUCGCUGUGGUCGGCAAAGUACUUACUAUACUAAGUCGCAACGACAAGGAAGAU